GUCCUUUUGGGUCUUUUGUCGAUAGAGCCUAGGAUAUUGGCGGACGAAGAGAACGCAACACGGCUCUCAUUUGGUCCCAGUUCUAGAACUCGCAAAGUCACUUCCUGUUGCACCAAGAUGUUGCUCAACAUUCGAAACAUCGCGAAGAAGGACUCUUCUUCGUUUCCGUACAUUGUUGAACAAAAUGUCAGCGUGCCACUGCGCACCUACGAAACUGGUCUGGUUCGUGUAAACAUUUACCGGCCCCAUGAUUCGGAUACCGGAAGCCAAUAUCCUGUUCUCGUCACAUACGGCCCCUACGGCAAAGACGUUCAUUAUCGCAAUUUCCGGAAGAGCUCAUUCGAUGAACUGGACCCUGAGUAUCAAUCUGCUCAUUCUGCAUGGGAAGUUCCAGACCCGGUAUGGUGGACUUCUCAUGGCUAUAUACUGGUCCGGGCGGACGAGCGGGGAGUAGGACAAAGCCCCGGCAUGAUGGAUACCAUGAGCCAGGGCACAAGUGAGGCGUUCUUUGAUGUUAUCACUUGGACCACCGAACAACCAUGGUCGACUGGGAAGGUUGGCCUCCUUGGAAUCAGCUACUAUGCGGGCACGCAAUGGAGGGUUGCGGCAAGAAAACCCAAGGGGCUUGCAGCGAUCGUCCCAUGGGAAGGAAUGUCGGACUACUACCGCGAUCGAUGCCGUCAUGGCGGAAUUUAUUCAAAUGCAUUCAUUAGAUUCUGGUGGAACCGCCAGGUCAAAGUCAACCAGUACGGGCGUGCCCGCCCAGAGGGCUCACUAGUCCCUGCAACGAUUGAAGGGACUUUGAGCGAGGAGGAGUUGAACAAGAAUCUACGGGAUCAGACGGUGGACAACCGCAUCAACAAGUUCAUGGAUGAGCCGUAUUACGCAACGAGAGACUACAACAUUGAGGAUAUUGAAGUUCCAUUGCUGAGCGUUGCGAACUGGGGUGGGAGUCUCCUUCAUCUUCGUGGCAAUGUUCAGGGGUACACACAUGCCAGCUCCAAGUACAAAUUUCUUCGCUUCAUCACUGGUCGGCAUGACCUGCCAUUCUAUCAGCGCGAAGAAGUUCUUUUGCAAAAGUCAUUCCUGGACGCCUUUCUCAAGGGGGAGGACGAUCGAGGGUGGACUCAUGGAGAAGUGAAUCCUGUAUCGGUGAUUCUCCGAGAGGGGGAUGUGGGAUUCAAUAAUGCAGAGAAGGAGAAGCAGUUUCAAAGACGCGAGGAAUCGGCAUGGCCACUUCCACAAACUCGGUAUACUAAAUACUACUUACACUCGGACAAAGCCAUGACACUGGAACCCCCACCAACCGAAACCCAGAACACGUUGCAAUGGAAGGCGAUGGAAAUGGCUCCACAACCUGCAAGACCACCGCAAGCUCGAGGCCCCCCUCCUGUGCGAGACUUCUCGAAGCAGCCCAGCUCCGGCAUGUUGAAAUUCACCACGGCACCGUUUCAAGAACGCACGGAGUUUACCGGUCAUGUUAGAGCACAUCUUCACGUCCGCAUUCCGCAACAACCCGGACAGACGCCUUCGGACAUUGAUCUUUUUGUCACAAUCCGGCACCUAGAUCCAAACGGUAAAGAAAUCCACUACACAGGAACCGCUGGGGACCCCGUCCCAGUUACGAAAGGAUGGCUACGCUGCUCGCUUCGCACAACCGACCCAAGUCAUCCUCACCAUCGAGAUUACUUACCGCACCGAAACUACCGUUCCACUGACGUGCAACCUCUGCAGGUUGGAGAAACGUACGCUGUGGAUGUGGAGAUUUGGCCCACCAACGUCGUGGUGAGUCCUGGAAACACUCUGGUCUUUGAGGUGGCGGGAGCAGACACCCAAGGCUGUGGCGUCUUUAUGCAUGAUGACCCGACCGAUCGACCCGAGGAGGUUUUCAAGGGACUCAAUGAGCUGGUUUUUGGGGAAGGCGACGGCAAUUAUGUCACACUCCCUCUCAUUCCUCCAGCAUGAUACGAGCCAUUAUGAAAGCCUAAAUUUAGUUCACAACUCUGCAAAGCUCUAGUCUAGACGUUUUGUGAUGCCAAUUCGAGGCUACAGCACUGAAAGUGAAGGGUAGCUAGUGUCGUGAAUGUUUCGAUCGUCUGCGCUGGGACGAAUUUGUC